AUGACAUGUCGGGUUUUUAUGAACUGUUGUGGUAAUCUUGUAAGAAGAUUUGGUCAAUUAAUAGAAAACAUUAAUUAUAUUACGAACGUUGAAUCGAUCAAUCUUAUUUUAGACACGACUCUUUGGGUGUUUGAGCUUUGGAUUGCGUCUUUACCACCAAUGGGAGUUGCAAACGUACAGUUAUCUUUUGUGACAAAUCAAAAAGGUCAUGAGCAGCCCACAGGACCAAAAAGGAAACGAAAGAAGGUAGCCUUCAUAACUGUAGAUGGCAACACCCGUGCCGCAACACCCCAUGAUGCUUCAGGUUUGGUGAAGUAA